GCGAGCUUAAUAUACUGAAAUAUUACACUGAAGAAAUUCGUUAUAACUAACAGGUAAAGUUCAGAAGAAGGGUUGACCAUCAUAUUAUAAGCCAGAUAUAAUAUAAUACAAGAAUAUUCAAAAUGUCCUUACCAGCCAGCUUUGAUUUAACCCCAGAAGACGCUAAAUUGUUUUUAGCUGCCAACACUCACUUGGGUACCAAAAAUGUUCAAGUCCACAAUGAACCAUAUGUUUACAAAACCCGUGCUGAUGGUGUCAACAUCAUUAACAUUGGUAAAACUUGGGAAAAAAUUGUCCUAGCUGCAAGAAUCAUUGCUGCUAUUCCAAACUCUGCUGAUGUUGUUGCUGUUUCCUCAAGAACCUAUGGUCAAAGAGCUGUAUUGAAAUUCGCUGCUCACACUGGUGCCACUGCUAUUGCUGGUCGUUUCACUCCAGGUAACUUUACCAACUAUAUUACUCGUUCUUUCAAAGAACCAAGAUUAGUUAUAGUUACUGAUCCAAGAACUGAUUCUCAAGCUAUUAAGGAAUCCUCUUAUGUUAACAUUCCGGUUAUCGCUUUAACUGACAUGGACUCUCCAUCUGAAUACGUCGAUGUUGCUAUUCCAUGUAACAAUAAAGGUCAACACUCAAUUGGUUUGAUCUGGUAUUUAUUAUCAAGAGAAGUUUUGCGUUUAAGAGGUACUUUACCUGACAGAGAACAACCAUGGUCUGUUAUGCCUGAUCUUUAUUUCUACAGAGACCCUGAAGAAGUCGAACCAACUGUUGAAGAAGAAGCUGCUGUUGAGGAAGAAGUUGAAACCGCUACUACUGAACCAGCUGUUGAUGCUGAAACUGAUUGGGCUACUUCAGCUGAAGCUGACUGGAAUCAAACUUCUGCCACUGCUGACUGGGCUGAAACUACUGAAGAAACUACUAAAUGGUAAAUAUAAUAAUAAUUUUUUAAAUAAAAUUUUCCCCUAAUAAAUAAAAUCUCUAAAAACAUCAGAAAAUUAUUAUAAAUCAAGAAACAAAAACAAAAUUUGCAAUUUGAAAUUUAAAUUUUGAAAAAUGAAAAAUAAAGCAAAAGCAAAAAAAAAAAUUAAACAAAGAAAAACAUAAUUUAAAUUCAUUUACAUCGAUUUAAAUUUUAUCAUCAAUUGGUUUUUUUCAUUCUAUAUAAUACAGGUUAAAUUUUCCUAUUUUAAUCUUUUAUUUUUUUAUUGGUGGUGUUUGUAAAAUAAUAAAAAAGUAAUAAACGGUAG